GUGAUGGGCUGUCCUGGCGCAGAUCAGAUCAAAUGUCUGCGGGCUUUGCCUGUCAGCAGCUUCUUCAACUUCUCGAAUUCCACCUUCCACGAGGAGCUGGGGAAGAUCCAGGGCCUGGGCAAGUGGGGCCUGGCCAAGGGCAUUGCUGCAGCCGCGUGGUCCGCUCUGGGUUUCGAGGGCAACUAUCGCUCCAGGGGGCUGGAGCUGGGGGAUCUGCCCAUUACUUCUGGGCCACUUUGGCCCGUCCUGGCGGUCGGUUCGCGCCCCAGAUGACCAGCGAAGUGGGCUACGUCAUUGAUGGAUCCGAGAAGGGCUUGCCAGCAGCCCCACGUGAGCUCUACGAAAGUGGGCGUGUGAACCCAGCCAAGGUGUACCUCAACCACGGCGCUGAUGAGGGGACUGUGUUCGCUCUCAUCAUGUACGCGGCCUACCCAUGGUACGAGGCGCCUUCUCUCUCCCACGCAGCGACGGACGACAUCAUGAAGUGGGCGUUCAACUCAUCUGUGGCGGAACUCUAUCCGCACGGAAGCGGAUCCUCGGCUCCCUUUUACCGGAUGAGCAGGGCCAUCUCAGACAGCACCUUUGUUUGCCCACACCGUCGUUUUGCAACAGCGCUUUCGAAGCAGCGACCUAACUCGGUCUUCUACGCCGAGACACCUUUUGCCGGCGGCGACUUGCAUGACAGCAACUGGCUCACAGCGGUGAUUCAUC